CGGCGGCGAACCGGCAUCGGGGCACUGGGCUCCGGGGCGCAGACUGGGGCGCCGGCGGGGACCGAGCGCCUCGUGGCCGAGCAUGGCGGGCUCGCUGCCUCCCUGCGUGGUUGACUGCGGCACCGGGUAUACCAAGCUUGGCUACGCAGGCAACACUGAGCCACAGUUCAUUAUUCCGUCAUACAGAACCUCCACUGAACACACCAGAAAACAGAGAGUACCUUGCAGAAAUCAUGUUUGAAUCAUUUAAUGUACCAGGACUCUACAUUGCAGUACAGGCGGUGCUGGCUCUGGCAGCCUCGUGGACAUCCCGGCAAGUUGGUGAGCGCACACUGACAGGGAUAGUCAUAGACAGUGGAGAUGGCGUCACCCACGUUAUCCCAGUGGCAGAAGGUUAUGUAAUUGGAAGCUGCAUCAAACACAUCCCAAUUGCAGGUAGAGAUAUUACGUAUUUCAUUCAGCAGCUGCUAAGGGAGAGGGAGGUGGGAAUCCCUCCUGAGCAGUCACUGGAGACCGCAAAAGCCAUUAAGGAGAAGUACUGUUACAUUUGCCCUGAUAUUGUCAAAGAAUUUGCUAAGUAUGACAUGGAUCCCCGGAAGUGGAUCAAACAGUACACAGGGAUCAAUGCGAUCAACCAGAAAAAGUUCAUUAUAGAUGUUGGUUAUGAAAGGUUCCUGGGACCGGAAAUAUUCUUUCACCCCGAGUUUGCCAACCCAGACUUUAUGGAGUCCAUCUCGGAUGUGGUUGAUGAAGUCAUACAGAACUGUCCCAUUGAUGUGCGUCGGCCGCUAUAUAAGAAUGUCGUUCUCUCUGGAGGCUCCACGAUGUUCAGAGAUUUUGGACGUCGAUUGCAGAGAGAUUUGAAAAGAGUGGUGGAUGCCCGGUUAAAGCUGAGUGAAGAGCUCAGUGGGGGUAGGAUAAAGCCUAAGCCUGUGGAGGUGCAGGUCAUAACACACCACAUGCAGCGCUAUGCCGUGUGGUUCGGAGGUUCUAUGCUGGCCUCAACUCCGGAGUUCUUUCAGGUUUGCCACACCAAGAGGGACUAUGAGGAGUACGGCCCCAGCAUCUGCCGCCACAACCCUGUCUUCGGAGUCAUGUCCUAGUGUCUGCCGACAGUGUCGUGUUGGGAAGAAGUGUCCUUCAGAACCCAGAGCAGCCACGACUCCUGUAAAUAGCAGUGUGGUACUGGUGUGUGAGCAGCGUGCUUUUCUCACCAGUGCGUGGGGCCGGGUGCCACCUUUCCAGUAAAGCCAUUUAUUUAUCCAGUGACUGUCUGUGGCCCUUCCCCUCCCCCGUCACCCUCCGCUCCUUCCACUCCCACAUUCUCUCCUUUCCAUCUGAGCUUCUAGUUGACAAGUACAGCUCUGAAGGAGUUCAUUGUGACCUUAGAGACUUCUCAAGGAACACGGGAUGCAAAGUGGUUUCUCCAGGAAAGAAUGUGGGGCGGACCCCUGGCCUUCCCAGCCUAUUUUUGUAAAUAAAACGUUAUAAACUUGAAAUACAAAUUGAUGUUUAUAUUUCCUAUCAUUUUGUAUUUUAUGGUAUUUGGUAUAACCGGCUGAUACUAAGCAUGAGUAAGUCUGGAUGUCACAGAGUUCUGUAAUAAAGUGUUUCAUCGUGAGGCAUGUUCUGAUGUGUGUGUAGGCAAACAAAACAGCAGGCUAUAUGCCACAUGUCUGCUGGGAAAUGAUCACAUGUUAUUGGGGUGAUGUGAAGUCUGAACACUCACCAGUGUUGUGUGAGAGUUGCUACAGAUGUAUCUGAGCUUCCUGGGCUGUUUUCUAGAAGGUGAUGGGUUAAUGUUGCUGAGCAUUGGAUGAAACUAUCCGCACUGUUGUAAUAAAAGCUGCUAGAAUCUUUA